CCACGGUGCAAACACGGAACCAAUUAGCUGCGUACCAGAGUUUGAAGUAUGUUGGCAGGCUGACCGCGAAGAGAAAUAACUUUUGAAGUAUGACGUUUACAUCGUGAAACAAAGAUGCUUUCUGUUAUAUUUAGAAGAAGCAGCUUUGCAACCCAGAAGGUUUUAUACUGGGCAGGUCCUGUGCAAAGAUGCUGGACAUCAGUCCUGACUGGGGCCUCUGGUGGUGGAUCUGUGUCCUCCAGCUGGGCUUCAUCGGCCAGUCUCUGGUCUAGAGAAAGGGGCACAGGACACGUAAAACCUCUUACUGUGUUUAGCUUUCAGAAGACUGAGCUCUUCCAGAGAACCCAGAUCCAUGAUGCUGCUUUUUUGGGGAGGAGCCGACACUUCCACUCUUCUGCUGUGAGGUUGAAGAAGCGAGCACAGCCUGAACCACCUCCUAGAGAGUUAGAUCUGUUGCGCUAUGACAUGAAGGACUUGUGGAAAGGUCCCAAACCUGCCCUAUACCUGGGGUUUGCAGGGCUUAUCCCCUUCAUCUCACCCACUCUGUUUAUGGCUGUGACUGAGAGCUACUACCCAGAGUUAGCUUAUGCUCAGCUAGCCUACGCUGCCUCCAUUGUAUCUUUUCUGGGUGGAGCGCGAUGGGGAUUUGCUCUUCCCGAAAGCAGCCCAGCCAGACCUGACUGGAUAAACCUGGCCAACAGCGUGGUCCCCUCCCUCUUAGCCUGGGUGACCAUGCUGAUGAGCGACAGCAUCGUUCCUGCUGCCACCAUGAUUAUCGUGGGACUUGGAAUCUCACUGCAUUAUGAUCUGUCUCUGCUUCCCACUUACCCCAGCUGGUUUAAAGCCCUACGUGCUGUCCUGACCGCUGUUGCGUUUUUUUCUCUUGUAGGCACCCUUGUAAUGAAUGGUUCUUACCCAGAAAAGAACAUUUUCAGAGAUUGAUAAGUGGGUGGGCAGGACAUCCCUGGGUUACAAAUUUUUAUUUGUGAGCCAGCUUAAAGGCUUUGAUGUCUUCUGCGCCUGUUAAUGAUCUCAGACUAAUGUCAUGUUGAACUUUGUUUCUAGAGGUUGCAUGUCUUGUAUAUCAUGUAACAGACUGUUAAAGCAGGGAAAAAAUUCAUGUGUACCCAUCUUUUAGAAACAGGCUUCAAGACUCUGUUCCUCUUUUUCUUGGUAAUGUGGAAAAAUUGUGUUCCCUCCUUCCAUUAUAAUAAACCUUCACUGUAUAGAAAA